AUUUCGGCUCUGAGCAAACAUUGGCGGCUCCCCCAUCGCGCUCGACGCUAUUGAAUCUACAACGGGUCGAUUUAUCAAUUCUUACGACCAAAAGAGGGCGCCGCCGACGAGCUGAAAGUCUGUAAAAUGAUGAAAGUGAUGGAAUGGGCAACAGGAGUGGUGACAAAAAGGGACCCGAGUCCCAACAACCAGUUUCAAUCUCUCUUCACCUCAAGGUUGUUGGAUUCACCUCAGUCAUUCCUUUACUCCAGUCUAGUCACUCGUUCAAAUCAUGAAAAACUUUGGUGUUGUCGCCCUUUCGGGGGCUGCCCUGCUGCAGGUGGCUUCUGCUGCUUGCUGUCGCAGCAACAAUUGCUUGAAGGCCGUUGCUCUCGCGGACUUCGAGGGAGUAAUGGACUGCAAGUCCAACCUCAUCGUCACCGUGACCCCAUCAGCAAGCACCUACACGGAAACCGUCACGCUCGUCCAGAGCGCCGUUGACACCGUCCUCUUCACCGAGACUACGACGGAGAUCGCCUCGACCGAGACCCGUAUCCUCACCGAGGUUAUCACAGUCACUUCAGCGACGACUGAGACGGACUUUCUCACGGAGACCGUCACCAUUUCCUACACCACGACCUUGAUCUCGCUUCUCCCCGAAGUCACCUCCACCUCGACGAUCUACAAGAACCACCCCAUUGACAUUGACGCCUUGAAGUUGAAGGCUCGUAUGACUCAGGUUGAGGAGGCCAACCCUCUACUCCCCACCUACGCCACUGCCGACUGCGCCGACUGGUCCCAGUACUCCAAAGCCUGCAAGUGCAUCGGCAUCACGGCCUCCACCAUCACCGCCAGCGUUGCCGUUGCCGCCGUUGAGACCGUAACCGUGACCGCCUCUGACGUCGCCACCCUCUCUACCACCUCCACCGCCAUCAUCUCCAUAACCGAAACCGUCUCCGACACCGUAACCGAAACCAUCGGCGUUACAGACCUAAUCACAGCCACCACAACCCUCACCAUCUCCUCCGCCGUAGAGACCGCAACCACCACAUCCACGCCCGUCUCCAUCGUGCCCUUAGUCUGCCAGCCGCGCGGCCUCUCCUUCCGCGCCCGCACUUCGACGUCCUUCCCCGACGGUUCCACCCGAUGGAUGAACCUCGUCGGCAACUCCGUCAUCGCAUGGCAAUCCUUCUCCGGCGUUCCAGCUCCCGGAACCGCCACCUCUUUGUCCUCAACCUGGGUCCUCGACUCCAACGGAUACCUCGAGCUAGCGCAGCCCGUCAUCGGGCAGACCUCCGUGUACGCGGCCUACGUGCUGACCAGCGACCAGGGCGCGACGGUGUCGGUGCGGUCCAAGCUCAAAGCGGAGGUGGAGGCGGGCGUGGUAGCCGGCACGAUGGAGCGGGUGAAGGGGUGUGUAGAUGCGGGGACGGGACAACUGAUGCUGUCGACGUCGACGCAGACGGCGAAUGGAGGACGGGGGAAUAUGUUGUCGUGCGGGAAUGGGCUUUAUUUGUCGAGGGGGAAGGAUGGGAAGGAUGUUAGGAGUGAUUGUGUUUAUCUUAUGCCUGUUGCUGCUUAGGGGGGACUGGAUGGUGGGGCCUACUAAGCUGAAAAUGUAAUGAAGUGAGGAUGAGGAUGAUGGAUGAGGAUGAGGAUGUUGGAUACCUAGGUAGGUACCUAAAUGGGUAAAUAAGAUACGCGGGAAAGGGGUGAAGAUAUGGAUGGAAGUAAUGGGAUUGAAAGGAUAUGUGGAUAAGCAUAACGUGCAUCUAUCCUUAGGGUAUGAUGAAGAGAUUCUGUAUCUACUUUCUGUUUUAUUUUUUUCUCUUGAGAAUGGAAGAUUUCUUCAUUCUCACCUUGGCUCGGGCUAAACUUUGAUAUUCAUCGAUAGAAAGACAUACGAUGGGGUAGAUUGCUAAGAUCACUCUUGCCUUUGAAGACGAGAAAACCUGUUCUGCC